UUCCAUGUGGGUGUGGCAGGAGAUUAUAAAUAUCACAGACUAAAGCAAGGAGACUAUUCUCAGUGGUCACAAACAGAUCGAAGGCUUUGACGUAUUAUUGGGACUUCAAGAACAAAGAUAGCUGAGGGACCAUCCUUCAACCUAAUAAAAUAGAGACGGUGUGAUGUCUCAACUUAUUCCAAACCAUGUGCUACGAGUUGGACAGACGAUGUGCCUCUCGUCAAAAGAGGACGUCGUCCUCCUGGGGCGCAGCUGUCCAUCCGUCUCUCCGACAUGCUGUUCCUACUCCACAGACAGAUGGGUUAGCCAACCAAUGAAGAUCCGUUCCCAACAAAAUGGAACUUCCACACAAAAUAGUGGACACAACCAGAUCUGUGAUAAAAGCGGGGACAAUGACUUUCUCACACAUUGCAUCCUCUCUGGCUCAACGGGCUAUAGCACUAAAAGCCAGGGGACUCAAGUGUUCAGUGCUUCAGGCCAGCACAGAGAGGAGGAGGGUACUGCAGAGAGGGAUGAGGGGGAACCUCUAUCUCCAACGUUGGACGUCUCCAUCGACAACCUCAACCAGCUCAUUUUGGAACUGGACCCAUCUUUUCAACCCAUCCCUGUCCGCCCAGCAACCCAUUUCAAUAGCCGAGAAUCAAGUAUGAGAUCCGAACGACUGGCGCAAGACUCUCAUGGUGAUGUGGAAGUCUCCGAACUUCUUUUGGUGUCCAGGAGCACUUCUACUUCUCGAUCAUCGGAUCGCUCUAUCACCAGCGCUGCCUCUCAUAGGGUCCCGAUUCCUCCAAGUUCACCCAACAGCUGCUCCACCAGCGGGAGCCUCAUCUUCUCCAGCUCCCCAUCCAGAGCGAACACUCUGCCUCCUCAGCCUUGCUCACGGCGUGGGGGCUCCAACGGACCCACUACCCAGUGCAGCACAUGGGAGCACAACUCCCACAGCUCCCUGGCCCACUCCCCUGGUUCAGACAACUGGCCCAAGCCCUUGCACAUUCACGGGCAAAGGAUGAGUGGAGCCUCGCUGCUCUCCACGUCACCAGGCUCCGACACGAGCUAUGUUCUGGGAAGUGCCCACUCUCUCGUGAGCGAAGAUGCCGACAGUCCAGAGAGAAAACUCUUCGGUUCCUCAGGGUCCUACUGGAACCUCAAUAGCCCUUAUUCAAACUCCCCUGAUCUCCAGAAAACCUACUUCAGCGACCAAAACCUUGAGUUCUUGAACAGCCAAUCACAGAAUCCAUCAUCCAUCCGUGCAUUCAAGGGACAAAACCCCCUCUCCCGUGCCUAUCUCAGAGGUCACCCCAGCAGCUGCCCUCCUUCUGUCACCGGCUCCAUGGUUGAUAUCCCUGUGGUCCUCAUCAAUGGGAGCCCAGAGCACAAGGACUCAGUAAUCCCAGACUCCCGGAACGGCCACAGCUCUGGGACACUGGGACACAGAGCGACCAUGAAGAAGUCCUGCAAAGCUUCGAGCACCCCUGCUGUCAAUAGUCAGUCUCCAGAUGUCCAGCCCACCAUGAAAUUUGUCAUGGAUACCUCCAAGUUCUGGUUCAAGCCUCACAUCAGCAGGGACCAGGCCGAUGCUCUUCUGAAGGACCAGGAACCGGGUUCCUUCAUCGUGCGGGACAGCACAUCAUAUCGAGGUGCUUUUGGGUUGGCCAUGAAGGUCGACAAAGACCCGUUACCUUCAAGCAGAUCAGAUGGCCAGAGCUCAGAUUUCAUCAAGCAGUACCUUAUUGAAUCCUCAGCAAAGGGAGUCCGUCUUAAGGGAGCUUCAGAAGAACCCUAUUUUGGCAGUCUUUCGGCUUUGGUUUACCAGCAUGCCAUUACUAAAUUGGCUUUGCCCCGUAAGCUCCUUAUACCAACCACAGAUUUCUCAGAGAGAGAUGAACACAGGGAAGACACGUCAGCAACACAAGAGAAUACAACGCCAGGUUCAGAUUCUGUUUUGGCAACAGCCUGCAACCUUCUGUACCUGAAUUCAGUCAAUAUGGAGUCUCUGACGGGGCCUCUCGCUGUCCAGAAGGCCGUGUCCAUCACAUUCGAGACAGACCCUCUCCCCGUCCCCACCAUCGUCAACUUCAAAGUGUCGCACAAGGGCAUCAUACUUACCGACAUCCAAAGAAAACUGUUUUUCAGAAGGCACUACCCUGCAAACACCCUCAGUUACUGUGGCAUUGACCCAGAGGACAGGAAGUGGCAAAAGCAUUGCAGAUCUGCCAGGAUUUUUGGAUUUAUUGCAAAAUGCCAAGACAUCAGCCAGGGGAAUGUGUGCCACCUAUUUGCAGAGUACGACAGCCUGCAGCCAGCUGAGCUAGCCAUCGAGCUGGCUAGGGGUCUGCUGAAGGACUUGGAGUCCCAGUGACCACCAAACACUAACCUGACUGGCUCCCUCGUGGACUGGACACCAUCCAUAUACAUGCACCCUGGACAGCCUGGACUGCCAUAUAUUUGGACUCUCAUGAACCCGUUUCCUAUGUACUAGGUAGUGAUUUCAUGUCAGAUUUGCCAUGUGUUUAUAUUCUGUUUUAUUGUGCUAAAUAUGUAGAACCUAUUGAAUUCUAUCUAAUUUUGCUUAGUAAAGUCGAAUGGAAUCUGCUGAAUAAAUGUUAUGUUAACAUAUUGAACUGCACAUUGCUUUUUAGAUUUCCAUAUACUUAACGAAAAACUGACAACAAUUAAAAAAUGUGACAUUAUAAAAUCUAACCUAACGUACUCUACAACUAUCAUGGCUAUAAAUUAUUAAUUUAUACUAGAAGGUUUGAUAUAUAUCUUGCUACUGUAUAUAUGAAAUACACUAUGUUCCUUUUAUAUAGUUCAGUGCUAAUGUGCAAACGUGAAAUGGAAUUAAAGUCAGCUAAUGUUGUUUA